AUGGUCCAACUCACCACUUCUGUUGUCGUUGCUGCCAUCCUUGCUGGCCCUGCUCUCGCUGCGCCUAUGGUUGGUCACAUACAUCAACACACCCCCGGCGCCAACCACCUCCACCGCCGCGAGCUCAGGAUCCACAAAGGGACUGUUUCCCACCGGAUCGGCGCCAAUGCUGCACGCCCGGCCGUUGGUCGUGACCUUCAGGCGCUCGAGGACCUGAUCGCACGCGAACCCAUCCUGAAGAAGGUCCUCGGCGUCGCGAAGAGAAUUGGCGGUACUGCCGUCAAGGUUGCUGGUGCCGCCCUGUCCGCUCGUGAACUCGAGGAGCUGGAGGAGCUCGCUGCCCGCGAACCCAUCUUCAAGAAGGUUCUGAGAGUCGCGAAGAAGGUCGUCGGUGGCGCUGCCAAGGUCGCUGGGUCUGUGUUGACUGCACGCGAUCUUGAGGAACUCGACGAUCUGAUUACGCGCGAGGAGCUGAUUGCCAGGUUCGGCGGCAAGGGCAGGAUGGGUGGUCGAGGCAGGCUGCAUGCUCGUGAAGACAAGAAGAAGGACGAGCACAAGAAGGCCGAGCACAAGAAGGACGAGCACAAGAACGAGGAGCACAAGAAGGACGAGCACAAGAAAGACGAGCACAAGGCCGAGCAUGCACCCGCUCACGAGCACGCUCACGAAGAGGUCGAGAACACCGAGACUCCUGCCGAGGAGACUUCCACUGAAGAACCCGCCCACGCUGGCGCACACACCACCGAGGCUCACCUGCACGCACGCGAGUUCAACGAUCUCGAGGUGCGAUUCCGGAGUGCCAAGAUGGGAGGAAGGCCUGGAGGUAUGGGCAGGAUGAGGGGUCGCGACUUGGAGGAGCUCUCCGCCCGCGAGUGGGAGGAUCUCGAGGAGCUCGCAGCGCGCGACCCCUUCCUCGGCAAGAUCGUCCGUAAGGUGAAAGGUCUCUUCAAGGGCAAGGGCGCUGCUAAGGGUGCUGAGGUCGGCGCUGAUGUCCAUGCUGCGGCUACCCAGGAGCGUCGGGACCUCGAGAGCGUCGAGGAGCUCGCCACUCGUGCUUACUUCGACUCUGCGUUCGACGAGCUCGACUAA